AUGGAUAAUAAUUUUUUUGGAGACACAUUCAUAAAUAAAAAUGGUCCAUGCAAAAUCAAAUUAUCCGAUAUGAAGGUAGUAGUUUUAUACUUUUGUGCAAGUAAAUAAUUAAUAAAUAGAAGGUUGGUGUCCUCCAUGUGUAAAUUUUACACCAACUUUAGUUGAAUUUUAUAAUGAUGUUAAUUUAGAAACCAAAUAGUUAGAAAUUAUAUGGGUAUCUUAUGAGGAAUCAGAAAGUCAAUUUAAAAAAUAUUUAGAGGAAGUAUUUAAAAAUAAAAAUAUAAAGAUGCCUUGGCCUGCAAUUCCGUAUAAUGAUAAAAGAAUCUAGUAACUGAUAGAUAAAUAUGAGAUUAAAGGAAUUCCUACAGUAACAGUGUUGAGGAAAAAUGGUGAUAUAGCAAAGAAGAAUGGAAAAUAAGAUGUAAUAAAAGAAGGAGAAGGAGCUUAUAAUUUGUGGGAAUAAUUAGUAAAUAGUGAGUGA